GGGUGGAACUCGGCGAGUUUAGUAGUCCCUGGAUUGAGCGGUAAACAAAGCCCCGAAAAUCCCCCCUUACAAAAAUUCUUCCGUCGGAAAUAACACCUUUCUUUCCCCUUCGAUGUGAGAGACUGUCGAGGAGGCCGUCGACGACGAUGCCCCAGAAGAAGAAAGAUGGGAUGGGGCUCGACAAACCCGUCACGGAGGUGCAGGCCGAUCACGAGCUCUUUCUCCAAGCCUUCGAGAAACCUACACAAAUCUACCGAUAUCUACGAUCAAGAAAUAUACUUAGUCCAAUAUUUUUACAACGCACACUAUACUACAUGCGAGGACGGAUGAGCCGAAGUCACAAAAAUCGUAUGUCUUUCAAAUUAGAUUAUCUUUUAGAUAAGGUCACGCAGAAGAGUGAACGUCAGAGUGAACGACCCGCAAGUUAUCUCAACCUUACAUUUAGUGGCUUUCAUGAUGGCAAACUGGAUGGUCAGAUUGGUGACGUAGCACGUGUCGAAACGUUUAUAGUAAAAAUGUGUCACAAGAAGAGAAAAGAGUCGUCUUCACCGUUGAUGCAGGUAUUUAGGAAAGCUGUAUCAGUGGGAACUCAAGACGUUAAUAUCAACCCUCCAGAAGGGGAAGGAGGGGGAGGAGGUGGUAUGGGAUGCGGUAGAAAUGCCACCAUUAGCAUCCCAACGCAUAAUUUUAUGGCUAAUAAUGGUCAUCAAGUCAAAUCUUACGUUUUAGUCUUUCGUGUAUCGUUAGUUACUCAUGACCAGGAAAAUGCUGGAGAACCUGUAUUAAAACGCCGUCGUAUAAGUCGAAGUUCCUCCCAGGACUGUCAGGAGUCUAAUAUUCCAACUAAUGCCAUGAAUGGUGAUACUCACAAUGGUGUGGGUUCAGUUUAUUGUGGGGAACUGGUUAUAUUUGACCGUCAUGGUCGCUGUUUACUGACACCUGGAAAGUACGAGUUAGUGCUAGAGUUCCAUUCUAGUGAGUCGAAUCAGUUGUGCAAAUCUAGCCCCAAAAAGAAUGCCAGUUGGGAAAGCAUCGAUACAUUGAAAAUGGAUUGUUUCAAUAAUGAUCCAUUGUUAAAGUUUUCGUUAUCUUGGAACAAUGAGAACACAUCUGCAUCUAUAGAACGCCCAAGGCUUAGACCACUGAAGCCACUUGAUGUUGUGUUGGCCAACAAUGCAUCAACCAAGCCUAAACCUCAAGGAGUGGCUAGCCCAGAAGCACCACAGUUAGUGUUAUAUCAAUUUGUGUACAACAAUACAGUUAGACAACAGACAGAAGCAAGACGAUUUCACUGCCCAUGGUGUUCGCUGAACUGUAUGGCCCUUUAUUCCCUCUUAAAAACACCUAAAUUGUGUCAUGCUCGAUUUUCUUUCACCUAUGUGCCCCACCCAAAAGGAGCUAGGAUUGAUGUUGCACUUAAUGAAUGUUAUGAUGGCUCAUAUGCUGGAAAUCCACAAGAUAUGGUUGCUAUGCCAGCUGGCUUUGCCUUCUCUCGUAGUGGUCCAACUCGCCGAACUCCUACCACUACUGUUUUAGUGUGUCGACCAAAGAGACCAAAACCAUCGCUAUCAGAGUUCUUAGAGCAAGAUGAUAAUGAUUUUGAUCUUCCAAGAUCAUAUAUUUUAGGUCAUAAUAGAUUAUAUCAUCACACCAUGACUUGCCUCCCUAUCCAACCACAUGAGCUGGACGAGGACAGCGAAGGUGAACACGAUUCUGAAUGGGUUCGUCAUAAAACGCAGAUGAUGAUAGAUGAGUUCUCUGAUGUCAAUGAAGGUGAAAAAGAACUCAUGAAAAUGUGGAAUCUACAUGUGAUGAAAUACAAUUUUGUUGGCGAUAGUCAGAUACCCUUGGCAUGUUCAAUGUUCCUAGAGACCCACGGUACAGAGCUUCUACGAAAGAGUUUAUAUAGAAAUUUCGUCCUUCACAUGAUAUCCUUACAUGAUUUUGGAUUGAUUGGAACUGGUGUUGUCUAUAAGAGUAUACUACAUUUGCAAAACAAAAUGCAAGAUUUAGCCAUUCAAAAACAGUUAGCAGCAGGAUGGGAAGACCAGCGAAGAAAAGCAAAAAAAGUAUAUCCAAAUUCCACGUAUACCACACCGGUGAAGCAAGAGCAGUCAUCCAGUAACCAUCAGAUUGCAAGUCGAGAGAGCAGUGAAGGUACCAAAAGCAGUGCCACCAAAAGCAACUGCCGCUUCUGAGAGUCAACUGAAACAGAAAUCCAUUUUCUUUCAGGUGAAGGAGGGGACAAGAAAUGUGUUGUACAGUGAUAAAGUAUUUUAACGUCUCAGGGUCAUUCUGCUGCAGUGGGCCACAUCCAAGUACAAAUGCAUCUUGACGGCACAUUUAUGGCACAUUGCCAUUUUAUUGUGUUGUGGCCCAGGGUUUAUUAACUAGCUUAGUUGAGUAUUUCUCAUCCUUGUUUAAUGCAUUCAAGUAUUAGAGUACUGUAAUAUGAGUGCAGUCUGGCAUGACCUAAUUUAAAGAUUGCUCUCCUCAUGGUACUGAAUAACUGCCGUGUUUGGUUCUUUCAGUGCAAAAACUGUCUGUGGAAGCACUCUUAUUGAAUGAUUGACUAUUAACAUUGCACUACAGUAUUGUGGUUGUACUUAGGUUGAACUCUUUAUUGAGUAGGCGUACGUUUUGUGUUGAGGCAAAUUAUAUUUAGAUGGUGAAGAGAGCACUUAACAAAACUCGAUUUGAUUAUCUGAUCUGUAUAUAUGUUACAUAUGAAUGUGUAUGUACUUGGUAUGUACACGUUUUUGCACACAAACUCUUUAGAGAAAAUGAGAAAAUGUGGCUGCAUUUUGUCAUGCCAGUCAUGUUAUUAAAGUCAUAAAUUUAUAUUUAUUUAAUCUUAUCCCUGAAAGGUUAAAACCAAAGUGGUAAGACUAUGGUAGUUCAGGAAAGGUGUCGUUUACAUCAAAAGUCUAAUCAUAAAGAAUAUUUUCUAAUAAGUACUAGUGAAAAUGCAGAAUGUAGUUUAUUAGGUUCCUAUGCACCAUGCUGUAUGUACUGUGCUGUACUUGGUUAGCUAACAUUGAUUUAUGUAUGGUUUUACAGUAAUGGUGUAUCAUGUGUUGACUUUCAUAUUUGUUGUAAAUGUAUCUUCAUUAGAGUUGUGUUAAUCUUUGAUUAUCAUCAUAUAUAUAUGUGAUAACUUGGUACAAGAACAUAACAAUGAAUUGAAUCCCAUGUUACAAUGCCAGCCUUGAUAUUUGAUAGAUUAUCACAUCAGGUAAAUGACAGUGUGAUCCUGUACUAAGGGCCUGGAUAUAGUCCAUGCAUGACACUUGUGUAGAAUAGUCUAGUAAUUCAAGGCCUUUUCCAUCUUUUUUCUGGGACUAAGUGGAUAAAGACAGAAAGAAUAAGUAUGGUUACUACUCAUGGUUGAAGCCAAGACUACUAACAACUCACUGCCGUAUAAGUAGCCAAAGUUGAGAUACAAUGUUUAUUCUGUUAGGGAAUAUUGUAUCAAGUCAGUUAAGUUGAAUGUUCUUGUUGAGAAACAGACGUAGACAAAAAUGUUACAUUGUGUCUACAAGUUAUUUGUGUGUAUAUUAUUUAUAUUGUUUGUAUAGAUGGUUUAAAUCUCCUUUUUGGUCUCACGCUGCAGUAUUUUUCAUCAAGAGAAGCUUAAAUGAAGUUGGUGUUAAAAUUUAAGAAAGCUGAUGAUGAAAUUUAGAUUGAUGAGCUUGAAUGUUUAGAAUGUGUGCAGUGAUUUACUGCUUUGUAUAUUGAAAUUGAAUGUAAAAUAUGAGGAGCUCCUUUCCUUAUUACAUUUAAGUUCUUUACAUUUGAGUAAGCUGUGAGAGGUCCAUUCAUUAAAAACAUUUAUUUUUAAAGCCAUGUGCUUGUGGAAGCAGAGGGUAAUUUUUUUAUUUUCAAUUGGUUACCAAACUUUUUACCUCUGCCGUGUUAAUGUGAAUAUUGUGCAUUUUACAUCCUGUCUAAGACUAAGUCGUCGGGAAAUGGAUUUUAUGUAUUUAAUACACAGUCUUGGAAUUUAAUGGAAUUUUUAGUUUUUGCCUAGUCUAGUAAAAAAUUUAUCUGUAUUUAGUGGAGUUACAAUAUACUUAAUGAAGUUGCUUUUUUUUUGUUGGAAUUCGGAUCAUCAUCCAAUUAUCUAUAUGUAGAACAAUACCAAUUGUCCUUACACAUACAUGUAUACAUAAAAAUGUGUGUGAAAUAUAGGUGUGAAAAAAGUCUGGUACUUAAGUAUUAAUUUUUCACAUCUAUAUCUUUGGAGUGUGAAAUUUUUUAAUGAUAUUGAGUACUGUAUCUGAUAGAUACUUGAGGAAGUGUAUACUGAAUCUUGGCCUAAUUUUGUACUGACAGCUGGAAAUGUAUGAUUUUGAUGGGAUGAGACCCUCAAGAAAAGAAAUAGGAAACAAAAACUGAGUCAGAUAUUAGCUUUUUUGUUUUUAGGGAAUUCCAACAAAGUUCAUUAAACUUUAUUAUGGCAAUUUUUGGGAUUGUUCUUUUGUCAGCUUAAUGUCAGUAAUUAUUAGAAACCUUAUUAAACUUAGUAAGUGUUAACAGUCUUCAGAAAUUAAAUUAGUAACUGUUAACAGUUUUCAGAACUUUUUAGCACUUGCUAUCCCAUAGUGCUUCUCUAGCCUUAGAAAUUGACAACUUAUGAAUACCUGUACUUUUAAAUUUCAUAAAGGUAGUAAGUGCUGAAAUGCCUAAUAGAAACUUUUUUUUUGCUCAAAAGUAGUCUGCAAGUGGUGAUGAAUGUAUCUUAUUUUUUUCCACUUAAAUAUUGUGUUAAUAUGAUUCAUACCUCAGACAUGAUUAUUAGAUAUAUUUGUUUUGUGCACAUAAUCUGAAGGCAUGAUUGUUUUGCGGAGGUCCAGAAUUAUACGACAAUCAAGACUGGAUUCUUUCCAGCAGUAUGACAGGACAUUUUUUGUAUGUUCAGCCUCAAGUAAAUACUUGCUGCUUUUAGGUAAAUGCUGUAUUUCAUUUAGAAUUCAAGUUCCACUUUGUAAAAGAAUAAAUUACCAGCCCUGAUGUUGGAAAGGUUAGUAGUAGAUUCAGAUCUCCCAAGGAUACAUUGAAUAUUUAUCUGGUUUACAUUGAGAAUGGUCAAUGAUUAUAAUGUUUGUGGUAGCCAAACAUUUCCAGGACAAAUCAAGAAAGUAGAGAGUUAGGCCAGUAGUUUGAGAGGCAUUUUCAGCAAGCAUUAAAAGGUAAAUACUCAAUAUUUACCCUACUCUGCAUAAUGCAUGUUAUAGUAGAGAAUCAUUUAAAACUUUUCCUCAUUUUUAUUUUUAAGUAUAACAAGUGUAGUGGAGUACAGAGUUAGGAGGUUUACUUGUUUGACGAAAAUACAAACUACUGUACUGUGUAGAAGGUAUUUUUCAGAAAAACCACACAUAGCCCUUCCUAAGUACUCUAUAAUUUAAAGCAAAUGGUUAACAGGAAAAAAAUGCUUGUGACAGAAUAGAUGAGAGAAUUGUUAUUUUCAGUUUCAAUGUUUAUAGAUUCUUAAAACUUGGUUUUAUAUUUUGUAAUUCCACAUAGGGCUAUCGCAUACUUUGCGCCUCCUGAUGUCAGGUUAAGUAGCAGUUUGCGCUCUCUCUUCCUUUUUUUCAUGGAGUUUUUGUUAUAACCAUUUUUAUUCCAACAGUUUCCACUUUCAUUGAGAUAUGGUGCUGUGUUGAUUACCUCGUUUUGGCAUAUGAUAAUCCACUUAAUAGAUGUUUAAAUAAUGUGUUUGUUUUCUGUUACAAUGCCAUUUUUUAAGUAAAGUUCAUUUCCCAUUACAAAAACAAUUUUUAAAAGUGAAAGUUCAUUUCCCCAGGACUUAGUGCAAAGGAUAGGUAGUGCAUUGUGUUCAUGGUUGACAAGAAAGAAAUUCACAUGGUGUAAAGACUUGUUUUAUAUAUAUUUUCCUUUUGUAUAAAAUUGCUGGUGGAAACACGGACAUUUACCUUCCAGUACUUGUAUUUUUAAUAAAACAUUUUUUAAAUUUG